AUGUUCCUUGUCUGGUUCUUUUUUGAGAUAGUCAGCCUUUGGUGCAACACAUGGCUGAGUGUUUUCUACUGCCUGAAGGUCACCAACUUUCCCAAUGGUCUCUUCUUGUGGCUGAAGACAAGGAUCAAUGCACUCACUCUCAAACUGCUUGGCAUGUCCAUCGUUGUCUCCUUGAUCUUCUCUGUUCCUUCAACCAUCAGUUACUAUGAUCAGAAGAAGUGGUGCAACAUGACAGGAAUGCAGCCACUGAAUGCCAGCCAAAGCAAGGUUUGCAAAGAUAGAACCAUUGUUUUUCUUCCUCCUGAGUUAAUUGUUUUCUCUAUAAAUUUCAUCAUGAACAUAACAGCAUCCAUUCUUCUACUCAUCUCUCUCUGGAGGCACACAAGAAAUCUGAGGAAUAGUGGCAUUGGGGUUAAGGACCUCAACACACGCAUCCAUGUCAAUGUGAUAAAGCCUUUGAUAUGCUAUGUCUUCUUCUACCUUAUAUAUUUUGCUGGCAUGAUAAUUUAUGCAGGUAGUAUAAUAAACUAUAGACCAAUUGCAGUAGAAAUUUCUAAUAUCCUGUUAUCUCUACUUCCUUUAUCACACUCCAUUAUUUUAAUACUGACCAAUCCAAAACUGAAAAACUGGUUUGCUUGCCUUCUGAAUUUCAAACGGAUUGCUUUACAAAGAUGA